AUGAUGCGAAUCCUCGAAGCCCAGGCGCCUGCACGACAGACUGCCACCGACACCAUUCAGACACUCAGCAGCCGCCUUUCAACUGCCACGUUACUAGAAGAUCGGCGGGCUGCUAUACUCGGUCUGCGUAGCUUCGCAAAGUUAUACCCUGCUUCGGUCGCUUCCGGCGCAUUGAGAGAUCUUAUUGCCGGGUUGAGGCGAGAUGGAGAAGAUUCAGACACGAUCAAGAUCUUGCUAGAGACACUGUUGAUGCUGUUUGAACCGGAUGAGAAAUCAACUGAGGCUUCGGAGGAAAUCACUCUGUGGCUGGCCGACGAGUUCACGCAGAGACAAGACAACAUCACCGCUCUCUUGGACUUGCUCGAGCUUAAUGAGUUCUACCUACGCUUAUAUGUCCUCCAGAUUCUAUUCCAUAUAUCCACCGCGCGGCCACAGCGCACACAAGAGGCUAUUUUCUCCGCGCCUCUAGGUGUCUCUCGGAUAACAAAUAUGUUGGAUGACAGACGGGAAGCGAUUCGGAAUGAGGCAUUGGUACUGCUGGUGGCCUUGACUCCCACAUCUGGUGAAAUACAGAAAGUGGUGGCAUUUGAGAACGCAUUUGACCGUGUAUUUGCUCUGAUUGACGGCGACGGUGGUCUCACACAUGGCUCUACCACCGUUCAAGAUUGCCUAUCACUUUUGGCCAAUCUUCUGAACCUCAACACAUCGAACCAAUCGUACUUCAGAGAGGUGGGGGGAAUCCUAAAGAUCAAGAAACUCUUGCUGGCCGCCGUGGACCAAGAAGAUUCGGGGGAUGGUAGCUCAGAAUGGCUGAAACCACAGCGCGAUAUGAAUGUCUGGGGCUUAUUGGGCGUUAUCCAGUUAUUUCUUGCUCAGGGUGCCCAAGGGACCGUGGUCAAUCAACAGGUAUUUUGGACGACCGGAGUUCUAGACGUUGUUUUGCGAAUUGCCUUCCAUCCUGCAUUCAGCAUCAGUGUGCGAACAAAGUCACUGCAAACGUGUGGCGACAUCAUUCGAGCAAAUCAUAGUCUCCAGGAACGGUUCGGAGAUCUUGGAGUCCAAGUCAAAGAGCCCGAUAGUUCUCCUACCAACGGCCACCCAUCAAAUGCCACCGGUGAGAAGUCGCUCAAGCCGAACAAGCCUGCCUUUCGAACUCAGAACGUAAUCGAGUCACUUCUAGAAGUGACACUAGAGCCAGCUCCUCUGGCCCUGUUCGACGUCCGACUGGCUGCAUGUUCCUGCCUCGAAGCUUUCAUGAAUGGCCAUGUCGGCAUCCGGACUCACGUGCUGCGGAGGGCUAUUGAGGGACACAAAGCGGGAGACGAUGCCAUUCCCAACAUGCUUACCGUCUUGCUCCAACCUCCUGGGUCACGUAACAACUCUGACCCAUACCAACAAUGGAUGGCCGCGGUGCUUUUGCUACACCUCCUGUACGACAAUGCUGAGACCAAGGAGAUGGCCCUGCAAGUGACAGAGGGUGACGCCGAAAGUGGCGAAGAGGUCGUCACCUUCCUACAAAGCAUCGCAAGCAAUGUUGUGGCGGGCGUACAACACGUGGAGGAUGAACGUGCUUUGCUCGGCUAUCUGAUGUUGUUAUCCAUAUGGCUGUUUGAGGAUCCAGAAUCGGUCAACGACUUCCUUGCCGAGGGCAGCAAUGUGCAAGGUCUUAUUGCGGCUGUCAAGCUCACCAAAAGUUCGAUGCCUCUCGUUGCUGGUCUCUGCGCAUUCGUGCUAGGAGUAAUCUAUGAAUUCUCAACAAAGGACUCUCCUAUUCCACGGAGCACGCUUCAUGGGCUUCUAACCGCAAAUUUGGGCAGGGAGGCUUAUGUGGAUCGCUUGACAAAGCUGCGGGAAAAUAUCUUUGUGCGAGACUUUGAAGUUCUACCGCAGACCGGCAACGGUGGCCUGCCUGAAGUGUUCUUCGACAAGACUUUCAUCGACUUUCUGAAGGACAAUUAUAGCCGUUUCCUACGAGCCAUUGACCGGGAUCCGAACUUUGAGGUUUCUAUUGUGAGCAACGGCGUUCAGAAGGGCAUCUCCCGAGACCUCGUCGACGGUCUCAGAGCUCAAGUCGAGGAACAGAAACAAGCAUUGGAGGCUGCCAAUGGUGAAUUGCUGCAGCUCAGGCGGAGAUUGGAACAAGAGGAGCUCGAUCACCGCCGGACGCGAGAAUCUACGACGGUUGAGCUCACCAGGAUCAAACAAAUCAAUCAGAGCCUGCACCAAAACCACGAGGACGAAAUCAACAAAAUACAAAACGACUUCGCUCAAGAGAAGGGCACUCUGUUGAAGCAUCACGAAGAGGAACUCAACCGAAGACGCAAUGAACAUCUCACCGCCAUUGAAACGUCGCGAAAGCAGCACGAGUUGGAAGUCCAACGGUUCGAACAGCGGUUGAAGAUGAUUGAACAAGAAGCGACGCGAGAGCAGGUGGCUCUUAAUGAGCGUCACACACGAGAACUCAAGGAGGUAGAAGCUCAAGCACAAAAGGCGCGAGAGAGAGAAGCGGCCGAGAUUGCGGACCUCAAGCGCAGGAUUUCGGAAUUGGAAUCCCAGCUGCAGAAGGCCGACGCCAACCAUAUCCAGGACCUUGAGACCGCGCACGAGGAGUAUAAGAGCAAAACCGAGAGUUUGGAAGCGCGUCUCAAGCGAGCGGAGAGUCGUGCUCAAGACGCCGAGAGCCGUUCUAAGCACCUCGUCGAAGACCUCGAGAAAGAGAAGGCUGCUCGAAAAGACGUCCAGACUGAACUCGACGACCUUUUGGUCGUCUUUGGCGAUCUCGAAGCCAAGAGAUCUGCUGACAAGAAGAAGCUGAAGGAAUUGGGCCAGGAAGUAUCCGAAGAUGAAGAUGAAGACGAAGAAGAGGAGGAUGACAAUGCCGAAGACGAUGGCGACGAGGAUGCAGGAGCUAGCGAUGACGCCGUGGACUGA